UCAAGCUCGUUAAGCUGAAGGAAGCCAUGAAGGCUCCUGAUUGGCUCCUGGCGAAGGCGGUGCCAGUGAUUCAUAUAGAAUCGCCUGAUGCGGCAAAGCGGCGUUUAAUCCCAACUCGAACUUUGGAGAGAACUGUCCAUUCCGUGCGCGAGUGACGAGCCACAGUGGCAUUUCGGGACCUUAAUUUUCGUCUUUCUUUCACCAUCUUCGUUCACUCCGCGCUUUUCGCUGUGAUUUAUUUUUGAACAGUUUGACUGCUGGGUAUUCUAUUGUCUCCUGCGAAUUGCAAAAACUGACAGCAACGUGUGCGCAAGUCUUCCCACUGCGCUGGUCCGCGAGACCAAGUAGACCUUCGAGAUGAGCUCUACAGACUAUUCGUACGAUGACCAGGGACAAUUCUUCCCCUUCUUCGUUCUGACAGUGGUCGGCAUCGUCACAAUUCCCUUGACAUACUCUGUCCUCAAGCCAAGUUCCGAUCCCGGUGCAACAGCCCCACGAAUAAAGUCGGAUUUCCGUCCAGAACAUGCAGACUUGGUCGAUAGUCAGAGAAAGGCGCAGAGGAGGAAGGAGAGAAAGCUGAAGAGAGCUAUUGCUGUUGUGGCGGGAUGGGCCAUCAUGGGCUUUAUGGCCUACUUAAUCGUAGUAACGGCGCGAAUCAUACCAAAGAUCUGGAAUCCAUAUGAUAUCUUGGGCAUCAAAGAUUCUGCAACCGAAAAAGAGAUCAAGUCGCAUUACAAACGCAUGUCACUGAAAUUCCACCCAGACAAGAUCAGACCAGACCCCGCAAAGAACCAAACAAUAGAAUCCCUCAAUGACUAUUUCGUCGAGCUCACAAAGGCGUACAAGGCUCUUACCGACGAGGACAUAAGGAGAAAUUUCCAGGAAUUCGGACAUCCAGACGGGAAACAAAGCUACAGCAUUGGAAUCGCUUUGCCUAAAUUCAUCGUCACCGACGGGAAUGGAAAGUAUGUUAUCCUGGUAUAUGCAGCUCUGUUGGGCGUCCUAUUACCAUACUUGGUUGGAUCUUGGUGGUAUGGAACACAGAGAAUGUCCAAGGAGAGAGUCUUGGUUGAGAGCGCCAAUAAUCUAUUCCGAGAAUAUGAAGAGGGUAUGACUGAAGGCGGAAUUAUCAGUGCCUUGACAACCGGCUUGGAGUUCCAGGAGAUCUUGAAAGGAGAAAAGGCAGAUUCAGGACUUGGAAAACUGGAGUCGAGGAUCCUAGCAGAGGGCGAAGUUACUCCACUGGCUGCUGGAUUGACAACUAAGGAUCGAACGAAACUCGAGGAUCUAGAUGGUGGUGUUCGAAGAAAGGCUUUAGGACUACUCUGGGCAUAUCUUGGUCGCGUUGAAUUGGACGAUACUGCUCUGAACCAGUCAAAGGUUGAUGUUGCUCCCAUUGCUCAAUCGCUCAGCUCUGCAUUUUCCGUCAUCGCCCUCGCGUUUACAACAACUGGACCUAUCAUGGCAUCAUACUCUACGACCCAACAUCUACUGCAAGCAAUCUACCCAGGAGGAUCACCACUUUUGCAGUUACCACAUAUCACACAAUCAAUCGCCAGAGCUAUUGAAGGAGAUGCCAAAACUCAUUUGUCUCUUCAGCAAUACAUGGAUCUGCCAGAGGCGUAUCGAAAGAGACUUUCAGUUGGCAAAGGUCUUCUCACCGAGGCUCAGUACAAGACUGCUACCAGCGUUGCCAGGCAAUUACCCCGCCUCCAAGUUGAAAAGGCCUUUUUCAAGGUUGUUGGCGAGAAAUUCAUUACUCCAGGCUCGCUAGUAUCACUUGUUGUCAAAGGUCGUUUCAUUCCCCCAGGAAGUGCCAAUGUCCCAGAAGUCAACGAGCUUGAUCUCGAGGAUGUUGACCCAGCCGAGGAUGAUGUCGAUGCUAUCAAUGGCAGGCCAUCAAAAGGCAAGGAUGGAAAGACAGCAAAGGAAGAAAAGCCCGUCCAACCACCCUUAGCAUAUGCUCCAUAUUUCGCUCGCGAAUAUUCCCCCAGAUGGCACGUGUUCCUCACAGACAGCAAGCAAGGAAAGAUUGCCGUACCACCAUUCACGUUCACGACAUUCGACAAGCCUAUCUAUGACGAGAGUGGAAAGCCUACUUUCAACAUGCAAACACUCAAGGCACAAUUCCAAGCUCCUCCUUCCGCUGGCAACUACACUUUCGUCUUCAAUUUAGUCUGUGAUUCGUAUCUCGGAUUUGAUACUAAGGUAGAGGUUACGCUUGUUGUAGCAGAUGCAAGCCAGGCAGUUGAGAUUGAGGAAGAAGAAGAAAUCAGCGAGCCUGAUGAGGGUAUGUUUCACGAGACCUAUAUUGCGAAUACUGCUAACUUCAAAAUAGAUUCCAUUGCUGGUCAAAUGCAUGCUCUCAAGACCGGAGGAAUCGCUGGUGCCCCAGCGCCCAAGAAGAAGAAGAAGCCAGUGCAAGAAGAGUCAAGUGAUGAGGAGAGUGACACGGAUGGAGAAGUAGCCGAUGAUACCAGUGAGACGGAUACAGACACUGACGAGGAAUGAUCACGGUACUUGGCUUUUUCCCUUUCCUGGUUGGCAGCAUGGUUUGUUGGGGCUUUGUAAAAUAUGGAGUGGCAUGGAGCAAGGCGUUUGUCUACUUCGAAAAUAUUGUGCAUGCGAUGUGAGAUUCCUAUGGAGGAACCGAUUAUGGUGGGAGAGACGGACAAUUUUCAAGAACAUUGGAAAGCGUCAGAUUUGCUCUUCAUUCAAUGUAGAACAACCGAGAACUGAACAUAAUUCAUUUUGA